GUCAUAGCAACCGGCAUGGAGACAAAGAAGCUUCCUAACCUAAUCUUGCGGAGUCAGCGGCAGUUCAGAGAUUUGUUAGCUCGACUCCAGAAAUGUAAAGGGUUUAAAAUAUGUAAAUCUAUAACCUAGCACUUGGUAAAUCAACCUAUACACCAUUGAUCUAUCUGAAGAACUUGGUAUGAGCAUGGGAUACGCCGAGUAUAUGGAUCCAAAAAGAGGAAAUGCACCACCAUAGGAAACCGGAGAUGGAGGAGGUGUACCUGCUUCAACCAAUCAGAGCAUACAAACUAUUAUUUCAAACGGACCAAUAACCUCACCGUUCCAAAUCACUGAAUACCAUAAUUCACUUAAUUGAGGCUCCUCCACCCUCUUACCCUAAACUAGCUAGAUCUUAUUUAUUUUAUAAAAGUCACCUUGUCCGAGAGAGAUUUAAAUGGUUAUGAAAGCGUCACGCCAGGGGGGGUUCUAAAAUCCUGUAUGGGAAAAAUUUAACCAUUUCCCUGUUUGACCGCUAGGUUUUAUGGGUAUUAUCACACCUCCACUGUGGGGCUCUAUAGCAGGUGCAGUGAAAAUUAUUAAUUAAAAUAUUUUAAUUUAACUAGGCAAGUCAGUUAAGAACAAAUUCUUAUUUACAAUGAUGGCCUACCAAAAGGCCUCCUGCGGGGGCUGGGAUUAAAAAUAUAAGACAAAACACACAUGACAAGAGAGACCUAAGACAACAUCACAGCAUGGUAGCAACACCACAUGACAACAACAGGGUAGCUACACAACAUGGCAGAAGGACAAAACAUGGUACAAACAUUAUUGGGUACAGACAACAGCACAAACGGCAAGAAGGUAGAGACCGCUAGGUUUUAUGCAUCACACGAAGCAGCCACAACUGUUAGUAAGAGUGUCCAUGAUUGAGUCUUUGAAUGAAGAGAUGGAGAUAAAACUGUCCAGUUUGAGUGUUUUUUGCAGCUGCUGCAAACUGAAAAGACGAGUGACCCGGGGAUGUGUGUGCUUUGGGGACCUUUAACAGAAUGUGACUGACAGAACGGGUGUUGUAUGUGGAGGAUGAGGGCUGCAGUAGGUGUCUCAGAUAGGGGGGAGUGAGGCCUAAGAGGGUUUUAUCAACCAGUGGGUCUUGCGAUGUGUGUACAGAGAUUACCAGGUUACAGAAGAUUAUACAGUGCGGGGAUGUGUCCUAUAAGGAGCAUUGGUGGUAAAUCUGAUGGCCGAAUGGUAAAGAAUAUCUAGCCGCUUGAGAGCACUCUUACCUGCUGAUCUUUAAAUUACGUCUCCGUAAUCUAGCAUGGGUAGGAUGGUCAUCUGAAUCAGGGUUAAUUUGGCAGUUGAGGCAAAAGAGAAGUGAUUACGAUAGAGGAAACCAAGUCUAGAUUUAGCCUAAACCUGCAGCUUUGAUAUGUGCUGAGAGAAGGACAGUGUACCGUCUAGCCAUACUCCCAAGUACUUGUAUGAGGUGACUACCUCAACCUCUAAACCCUCAGAGGUAGUAAUCACACCGGUGGGGAGAAGGGCAUUCUUCUUACCAAACCACAUGCCUUUGUUUUGGAGGUGUUCAGAACAAGGUUAAGGGUAGAGAAAGCUUGUUGGACACUAAGAAAGCUUUAUUGUAGAGCGUUUAACACAAAACCCGGGGAGGGACCAGCUGAGUAUAAGACUGUAUCAUCUGCAUACACAUGGAUGAGAGAGCUUCCUACUGCCUGAUAUGCUUACCUUACUAGCUCCUACAGUGCAGUCUAGCGAAUACACAAAUAUUAAAAGAAAUCAAGAAAUUUCAGAACGAGUCCAAUUAACAACCCAAGUAGAUACAUUCUAAAGCAGUGUUAGAAUCCAGAAUAUAAAUAUGUGUGUGAUGUGUAUAGAUGACAGUAUAUAAUUUGGAAAAGAAAAAGGUAUAUACAAUGCGACUGUAACUGUAAGCGUUUUUGAACACCUGUAACUGCCAUUUCCUUUUACAUAGUGGCGCAACCAGUACACAAGGUGGCGCAGAGCCCCUCUUACAUUCUUUGGGGAGAAACCUGCACAUUGAGUGAACAACACUAUGUGAAGUGAGAAGUGUCCAAUGUCUCUCUAUACAUGGGGCAUCAGUCUCAAGGUGCAGGGCAGGUAGCUGGCUAGUGAUGGCUGUUCAACAGUCUGAUUGAGAAGACUCAUGAGACCAUAGGCUUACUGGUAAACAUGCACAUGAGGGGGUACUUCAGAGGUACUCCAGGCAGGGCAAAAUUCAGUUGUUGGUACAGUAAUCGAAAAGGGUAGGGAGCCACAAAUGGGAGAAAAGUGAACAGACAGUGGCUUGGGUGGCUGAGGUCCCUAAUGAUUUUCUUGGCUUUCCUUUGACACUGAAUGCUGUAAAUGUCCUGGAGGGCAGGCAACGUGCCCCCGGUGAUACGUUGGGCUGACGCACCACCCUCUGGAGAGCCAUUCAUAUUGACAUAAUGCUCUCAAUGGGGAAUCUGUAAAAGUUUGUAAGGGUCUCAGGGGCUAUGCUGAAUUUCUUCAGCCGUUUGCGGAGCUGUUGUGCCUUCUUUAACAUGGUGUCAGUGUGGUGGGACCAUUUCAGGGCCUCAGUGAUGUGCACGCCAAGGAAUUUGAAGCUUUUGACCCUCUCCACUGCGACCCUGUGGAUGGGGGGCGGGCUCCCUCUUCUGUCUCCUGUAGUCCACGAUCAGCUCCUUGGCUUUGUGGACGGCUACAGGGAGGAGGUUAGAGCCCUGGCAUCACACAACAGGGGUCUAACCUCCUCCCUGUAGCCUGUCUCGUCGUUAUUUGUAAUCAGGCCUACCACUGUCGCGUCGUCAGCAAACUUGAUGAAGACACGCAGUCAUGUGUGUACAGGAGGGGGCUGAGCACACACCCCUGGGGAGCCCCCGUGUUGAGGAUCAGCGUGGCGGAGGUGUUGUUGCCUACCCUCACCACCUGGGGUCGGCCUGUCAGGAAGUCUAGGACCCAGUUGCACAGGGAGGAGUUCAGACCCAAGGCCCUGAGAUUAGUGACGAGCUUGGAGGGCACUAUGGUGUUGAAAGCUGAACUGUGGUCUUAUCAAAUUGUAUUGGUCACAUACACGUGUUCAGCAGAUGUUAUUGCGGGUGUAGAAAAAUGCUUGUGUUUCUAGCUCCAACAGUGCAGUAAUAUCUAACAAUUUCACAACAAUACACACAAAUCCAAAGUAAAGGAAUGGAAUUAAAAAUAUAUAAAUAUUUGGACGAGCAAUGUCGGAGCGGCAUAGACUAAGAUACAGUAGAUUAGAAUACAGUAUAUUCUUAUGAGAUGAGUAAUGCAAAUAUGUAAACAUUAUUAAAGUGACCAGUGUUCCAUUAUUAAAGUGGACAUUUAUUUCAAGUCUAUGUAUAUAGGGCAGCAGCCUCUAAGGUGCUAUAGCAUUGUCACAUAGGUAUUCCGCUUGUCCAGGUGGGAUAGGGAGGUGUGCAGUCCCACAGCGAUUGCGUUGUCGGUGGAUCUGUUGGGGCAGUAUGCAAAUUGUAGUGGGUCUAGGGUUUCGCGUAAGGUGAAGGUGAUAUGGUCCUUAACUAACCUCUCAAAGGACUUCAUGAUGACAGAGGUGAGUGCUACUGGGCGAUAGUCAUUUAGUUAAUUUACCUUAGCUUGCUUGGGUACAGGAACAAUGGUGGACCUCUUGAAGCAGGUGGGGACAACAGACUGGGAUAGGAAGAGGUUGAAUAUUACAUUUCUCCUCUCACUGACUGCUAAGCACUCCUUUAACCAAUGUUAAGUAACAUUGACUAGCUAACAAACUAAUUCACUUUUAGGUAAUGCAUCGCCUGGCCCAGGCCACAGUCUGACUGGACAACCCAGAGGACAGAUGAGUUUAAAAAGCAGCCCGUUCUGCCCUCGGUCGUCGAGCAGACUAACUCAGUGCAUUAUUCAAGACCAUAUGGUGUCCCAUUAUAAAAAGGUGUAUUCAGCUAAAGCUGCCAUUGAUUCAUCAGUACCCAAAAGUAUGCUAAGCAGUGUAAAAUACAAUGACCAGUUACGGCGGGAGCAGUUGAGGAAAGAUGCGUCCAGGUCUGAUAGACGGCCUCAGUCAGCUGGUUCACACUCACAGAGGAGCAGCAGAGCCAACACCAAAGCCUCCUGCCCAUCACAAAAUACCCAAAGUGGAGCAGGUCAAGAAAGUGCCUAUUUCUACCUGGGAAGCUCAAUGAUUUCCACCCCAAGAAUCAACACCUCCUUUCACGCCAAGCAAAUAGUUUACCCGCCCCAAAUGGUCGGCGGGUCUGGGAGCCCCCCGCACUUCUUCCACUCUGCAUCAGAGUACAGCUAUAGGAGCCCAAACUCCCAGAGGCAGCAGCCAGCCCGCUCCUGCGCCACCACAGGUACCCAGAGUGGCUACAAGGCCUUUCAGGACCCUGUCCAGAAGACCUACAGCGGGGACCUGAUUCAGAAACACGCCCACCGCUUCACCCAGGACAAGCCCUUCACUCCCAGGACUCUGAAGUCAGACAGCAGGUCCUAUCUGUCUCAGUAUCGCUACUACACACCUCCUCGCGGUAAACCAGCCCAGGACCAGGAGAGGACCAUCCCCAGACUGACACGGCAGGAGACCUAUCAUGGAAGCACACGAACCAAGGAAUGCUCAUCGGCUGAAUGGGAUGAUCAACCCCUGGGACAUGGUACAGAGCAUGAGUGGUCGGAUGCAGACGAUGAGUCCCAUACACUGAAUCUGUCACUAUUUGGACAACGAAGCAAGGGAAACAAGAGCGUAAGCAGCGAUCACUUCCAUCCCUCAUUCAGGGUUUCACCAGAAGGAAUGACAUCUCCUAUCAUGAAGAGGGUGUCUGCAGAGGAGGAAGAAUUUAUGUACCUUGAAUUUAUUGCUGAUGUAACAAAUGAAAUCUUGUCCAGGGGCCUGUACUCUGACAGGGUCUUAGAGUGGGUGUUUGAACGUCACGUUGACAAGAAUAAACAUCUAUUGGAUGAGGACAAAAUGUGCCACCUUCUGGAGACUCUGCGCAAUGACUUGCAAAGUCCAGCCAACACACCUACAUUUAGUGCAGAGCCUAAGAAUGGUGAGGAGACAGAGCUUGACCUUCUUCAUAGUCAUCUACAGGGUCUGGAGUCUCUGGACAGAGGAGCACUAUCAGAAACCAAAGAGGACAAUGACCUUUUUCCCUGUGCAUUGUUUAUCCAGGACAGUGGUGGGCUAGAGAAUGUUGUUCCAUUGUCAGUGUCUACCCCGUUAUAUGGUAGCCCUCCUAAGAUGAUUGACUCUGACAGUCUGCCUGUUGGUUCACCUGAUGCUGAUGGAGGUGCAGAGGGCCUGGAUGAGCACAAUCAUGACAGGGACAAUUACUUUCCUCCUCCACUUGGUGAAAAUACCCCUCUGACCCUUGAGGAGGACCACAAUCAAAACCUAGAAGACAAUUAUGGUGGACUAUCCAAAGACCUGGAAGAUCUCGAGAGAAAUCUGUCCGAGUCAUUGCAUGUUUCCAAUGCACCUAAUUCCUUAAGGCCAGUAGUCACUGAGAAUAUAAACACAGUAGCCUCUUUCAGUGAUGAUGAGUUCUGAUUGUAUUAGUAUUUUAGGGAUGAGUUUAGUGAGCUUUGUAGUCAAAGGAGACUAUUUUCAAUAACAACAAUUUGAUAUUGAGGUUUUUGCAUCUUAAAUGUGUUUUAUAAAUGGGAGCUGAUAGGUAUAUUUCAUACUUUUUGCCUAUUCCUGUUCUGGGCACCAUUGCCAUGUGUAUUUCCAGUACAAAGUAUUGACCAAUAUAUAUUUGGAUUAUUGUUACACAAUGAUGAGAAGGAACUAGACCGUAAAUUAAUUUUCUACUUUAUAUUUAUCAGUGUUUUGCUCACUAGCUUAUUCAUUUCAAAUAAGAGGGUGCAUCUGUGAGUAAUCUAGAAAAGCAGUUAUUUGAUUCAAUUAUUUUCCCCAUAUAUCAUUUCAAUCAAGGCACUGGGCUCCCCCUCCCGUCCUUGACUGGCAGUGUUUUUCAUGUUUACAAUCAAAUGUUUUGUUAUGAACUCUGCACAAAAGUUAACUUGUCCCAGCUCUGUGCUAGUAGGAGAGUAUUACACAGAAUUAUUUUACAGCAACCUGGCAUGAAGUAAUUAAACUGACAGUUCACAAAUGAGUGCAAUAUGAGCAGAACUGUAGAUUUGCAGUGAUGGUGCUGAAUACAGUAAAUCAAGCAGGGAAGCAGCUGUCCCAUUUCUGUACUGGGCAUUCCGGCUGUAUGAUGUCAUGGCCUUAAAAUCUGCCGUGUAUUACGCUAUUGUUGAGGAACUACUGAAACUUCUAUAAGGAAUACAGCCGAUUAAACCAUA